GGGAAGCGACAGACCGUGGCUGUCCUGGGGGAGGCUUUAAUGCGAAGAAAAGCAGACAUCCGAUUAUGACGUCAGAAUGAAGAGAGACAAACGCUUCAGAUUCUUUUUCGUGUCUUCGGCGCCUUGCAUUGCUGAUACACCCACAUGGACAGAGAGAUUGUGAGGAACCAGGAAUCUACUCAAUAGUACUCAUGCAACACUGCCUACACUUUGGAAUCUCAGAUCGCCUUGGGGAAUUCUGGAAGCUCGACACAGAACCAUGAAGGAAACAACCACGUCGCCAUGCAUCAGAGAUAACGCAUCUCGUCCUCAUACUGCGAGACAACUAUCACAGAUCUGACUUCCCUCGCCAGACUCCGGAGCGACGUGCCCGCAUGGAGUCGUUCCACAGCUUACCUAACAAAAAUCCUCCGAAACAGUUUCGCAGUUCAGGAACGGCGGAUGUUGGAACUAUAUUUUCCUCUCUGUUGGAACUUCUUCCUCGUAAUCUCGUCCCGCCUGCUGCCAUUGCCGGUAUGACCUGGUGGGAGGUGGGCGUGCAUCGCGUGAAUUCGAGGGUGGUGCCUUUUCUCAGGAUCUCCUUGUGAUGCAACGUAGCCCACCCCUCAGAUGGUAGUCUUAGGUGAACUGUACGAAUCCCGUGAUACAGGCCCUUAUCAAUUUUCGGCCCGUGUUGAGGCUUACUGUGGUCACGGAAAGCUCUUCCUGGAACUAGAGAAGAAACGUCAUCCCUGGUGUUUGGUCCUCCAUUCAGCAUAAACCAGAUGCUAACGACUGCAUUUGGAUCCGUUAUUCAUCUGAUUGUCUUCCAUCACGUGGAGUCGGACAAGUUUUUCCUGUUAGGCCUAAACUCAGCCCAGGUUGGGUCAUUAUCUUAGCUUGGCCUUGACUCUGACGUUAGCUAGGCUGAGUGUACCUUGCCGAACUGUUGAAGCAAUCUGAACUUGUAAGCAAGGAAAGAACGGUGAAAGGUUGAGUUUCAGGAAGAUAGUGCCUGUCUUCAAUUCAAAACAUCAAAGGGGUCUGCACUGGUAAUAAAGUCGUCUAAAAUGGCUGGUCGUAUGCCUGCAUGCGUCAUUGAUAACGGAACUGGCUACACCAAGCUUGGAUUUGCAGGGAACAAAGAACCUCAGUUCAUCAUUCCCUCAGCAAUUGCAAUAAAAGAGAUUGCCAAAGUUGGUGACCAGGCCUCCAGGAGGGUGACAAAAGGAGUGGAUGACCUAGACUUCUUCAUUGGAGAUGAAGCAUUUGAGGCUGGUGGUUAUGCCAUCAAGUAUCCAGUACGGCAUGGCAUAGUGGAGGAUUGGGACCUAAUGGAAAGGUUUUGGGAGCAAUGCAUCUUCAAGUACCUACGAGCUGAACCUGAAGAUCAUUAUUUCCUGCUCACAGAACCACCUCUCAACACCCCAGAGAAUCGGGAGUAUACUGCAGAGAUUAUGUUUGAGUCCUUCAAUGUGCCAGGCUUGUACAUAGCUGUUCAAGCAGUCCUUGCACUAGCUGCUUCAUGGACAUCAAGAGCUGUUGGAGAGAGAACCCUGACAGGCAUUGUAAUUGACAGUGGAGAUGGUGUUACUCAUGUCAUACCUGUGGCGGAAGGCUAUGUGAUUGGAAGUUGCAUCAAGCACAUUCCCAUAGCUGGACGAAAUAUCACCUCAUUCAUUCAGACUCUCUUGAGGGAGCGAGAAACAGGCAUCCCACCUGAGCAGUCCAUGGAGACUGCAAAAACAAUAAAAGAGAGAUUUUGCUACAUAUGUCCUGACAUUGCCAAAGAGUUUGCCAAGUAUGACAGUGAUCCAAGCAAAUGGAUGAAAAAAUAUGAGAGCAUCAAUACUGUGACCAAACAGCCCUUUGCUGUUGAUGUGGGUUAUGAAAGGUUCCUUGGACCAGAAAUUUUCUUCCAUCCUGAGUUUGCGAAUCCAGACUUUAUGACUCCAAUAUCUGAGGUGGUGGACAAUGUGAUUCAGAACUGCCCUAUUGAUGUGCGAAGACCCCUAUAUAAUAACAUAGUUCUGUCUGGUGGUUCAACUAUGUUUCGGGACUUUGGCCGACGCCUUCAGCGCGAUAUCAAGAGAUCAGUGGACAAACGCCUUCAAAACAGCGAGCAACUCAGUGGAGGGAUGUUAAAGUUUGCAGUGUACUUGGUCAAUUUGUGU